GAAUUUUGAAAGUUUGUAUGGUUUUUGUUCGCAAUUAUCGCAAUAGACUAUGGAAAGCAGCAGCGAUAGUGAGUUUGAAAAUGUACCCUACCCAGUUUCCAAUACAGCUACUGCUGCAGAAAAAUUAUUGCCACCAUUUUGCUAGCAGGCUGGGGAGGAUCUUUUUUUUUUAUUCAAAUUGUUUAUUGUCCCUUCGACCAUUCAAGUUAUUAGAGAUGGCAUAUCAAAUGUCACAGUAAAUAUAAAAACGUAAAUAAACAGAUAAUAGAUAAAUAGUGACAAAACGUCAAUUAUGAUUGCCGAUUGCGAUAGACUUGAAGAGAAUUCUUCGAAAAAACGAGAGCUUUCUAAAAAUACCGUCUUGGACGAAUUAUGCAAAGAUCCAAGGAUGACCAAAGAAUUCUUGAAGAAGCAUUGCAAAGAGCACAAGUUGUACCAAACACCACACCUAAAUGAUGUGUUAUAUCUUCAUUUCAAAGGAUUCUCUUAUAUAGAAAAUCUGGAAGAAUAUAGUGUUAACGCACUGAUAGCUAUAAGGGACAGACAUCUUGAGGAACGUCGCAGACAAUCCGACAGCGGCCAUGGAACCUCGGUGGGAGAUUCGGAAAGUGACUUCGAAAAUAAUCUGCAAAACGUUCAACAUUUUGAAGACGACAAUUUACCUCAAUUUCAAGAAGUGGAUGAUAGCUUUUCAGAAACGAAUGAUAAUGAUGUUGACAAUUAUAAUUACGCCAGAGACUGUCAGAGAGAAGAAAUGCAAUCUUCUUCAAAUAGUGAUACAGACGAUGAGUUUAUGGAAGACAGGCAGAUCGACCCGAGAGAAUUUUCAGAAUAUAGAGAAAGAAUUUUUGAUUUCACUAGAAAAGAAUCAACUCGACGAUUGUCAGUUGAAGAAAUAACUGAUGAAAAUGCACCAAGUACAAGUGGAAUCAAAGAACAGACAAGUAAUGAAGAAAAAAAUUCAAACAUUAAUGAACAGGUUGAAAAUGAUGAAAACGCUAUAAAACUUGAAAGGCAUUCCAAGAAUGUAUGUUUGACGAAAGAAAUGAAAGAGUUGAAUGAAGAGGAAGAAAAACCUGAAGCCAAUUUUCCAAAAGUACUAGAACAAAUAACUAACACAACUGAACACCAGGAAGCAUAUGUGAGAAAUGCAAAUAAAAUCAACAGUGAAGAACAGAAGAUUCAGUAUGAUAAGAAAAAAAUACAAGGAGAGCUGAUAUCCGAUGAUUAUUUUUCCGAAAACAAACGUCUUUUGAAACAAAAAGCAACUGAUAUUGUCAAAAAUGAAGAUAUGUCAGAUUCGACCAUGACAUUUGAAGAAUUUUUGGAAAGACGUGAGAUGGGAAAAAUACAUUUACAAGAAGAGGAAAAACAGAAGACAAACAAAAAUGUUAUUGAGAAACAUUCGGACCUGAAUGUGAAUAAUUUAACAAGAGAUAAUAUUCGUGAAAUCAUGGGCAAAGAAGUUAAAAAAAUUACUAAGUACACAACAAUUCAAGAUAUUUUGAGAGAAAACGUUGAGGUAAAAGAGUCAGAUAUUUGCAGUUGUGAUGAAGGUGAUGAGAGUGAUGGAUCUUUCGAAAGAUUUGAGGAUCAGAUUUACAGACAAAUGGACAAGCUUCCGCCUACAAAAAUUGAAAACAUACACGAACAAAGAGAUGGUCCACAGGAGUGCAACUUAACAGCAAAUGUGAAAACUAAAGAAGAAUUGAAAAAAAUACUCACAUCAAAACCGAAAGAAAAUAAUGACGAAGACCGAGAGUAUAGAGAGAUGUUGGAAUGGGAUAUAAAAAUACCGCAGCAAAAUAUACAAAUUUUGAAACCGAUACAGAGAGAACUUGUUAAUGAAAAAAAAGAUGAGAUAAUAGAACUACUAACGAAAAGUCAAAAAAAGGUCAAAUUGGAAUUUGAACUGACUCCGCCAGGAGAUAUUGCAGAAGAAAAUGAUGUUAUCAAAUAUCCGAAAAAUACUUCAGAGAGUAUUAUUUGUACGAAUUAUAAAAGCAUCUACACAGAAACUGGUAGAGAGGUGAAAGCUGGAGAUAUCAAGCCUCCACAAAUACAUAAGGUGUUGAAAGUAUCCCAGAAUUAUCCUGUCUUUCAAAGAUAUCAAAAUGAAAUCAUAAACAAUGAAAUAAAAGAAGAAGAACAGGUAACAGAAAAUGCUUUGAUUGCGUGCAAUAAAAUUUCAGAAGUGAGGGAACAAAUAUCGGAUUUUACCAAGUCCCUUGCCGAAUUUAAUGAGCGCUCUAGACAAGCAAGAGAAGAAAUUGUGAAGGACUACAAUGAAGCUAUAGAAAAAGAAUUGAAAGUUGUUGAUAAACUCAUAAAAAUGAAUGAACAUAUAUUUGGUAGGAAAACUUUUUCNUAA